GACACCUUUGUUUCUCGGCUUUGGUUUGUAAACAAGAGGAAGUCUAGACUUCCAGCUGGAGCUUUUUCUGGGGGUCCACAGAUCUCUCUGUGGGGUGUCUCCCCCCACCCAAAAUCUGCACCAGCACCCUCGCCCUGACCUAGACGGGCCUCGGGAAAGCCAAGGGGCUCCAUCAAAGACGGGCUUCUUCGGCAUUUCUCUUCUGCCAGGGCUUUCGGGGGGCUUCCUCCCGCUACCGCCCACACAGAUUCCCCUCUAGGGACUAUCUGGUUCUUCACAACUCUCCUGAAGCUUCUCCCCACUUGCGUGACCCCACCACAAUGGUGAGGCUGUCCAAACCCAAAACUUUCCAAGCCUACCUGGACAACUGUCACCGACGCUACAGCUGCGUGCAUUGCCGGGCACACCUGGCCAACCACGACGAUCUCAUCUCCAAGUCUUUCCAAGGAAGUCAAGGUCGGGCAUAUUUAUUCAACUCUGUGGUAAAUGUUGGAUGUGGCCCAGCAGAGGAACGGGUGCUGCUGACAGGCCUGCAUGCUGUGGCUGACAUCUACUGCGAGAACUGCAAGACCACGCUUGGAUGGAAAUAUGAGCAAGCCUUCGAGACAAGCCAGAAGUACAAGGAGGGCAAGUACAUCAUUGAACUCAACCACAUGAUCAAGGAUAACGGCUGGGAUUGAAGAAAAAACACAAAGGAAAACAAAACGGAACAAACGCUGCCACCUUUGGACAGCUACAUAUGUAAGGGGCGGAGCGCCAGAAAUGACAAUUUCCACAAGACAUGCCUCUGCCUUCCUAACCAAUGGGCUGCCAUCCAAACUACCUUCAGGUGCAUCAAAGCUGUGAAGGAGGAGGAAGCAGCGCUUCCGCCAGGAGGACAUACUCCGGAUAUGUCGCCAUCGUGUGGCAAGAAGUGGCAGCACGCCAGGAGUCACCUAGGCCAGGGGCAGUGUGCAAGCAGGGGUUUUGGGG